UCCUGGCCGCCGCCAUCUGGGAGCGCUUCGCCACCACCUUCGGAGAGCUCAUGACCGCCGUCGUCGUGGCCAGUCUGGGCAUAGGCCUCGUCAUACCGGUGUCCCCCGUGUACCUGGCCGACAUCGCGGAGGACAGGAUGCGCGGCCUGCUGGUCACCAUGGGCUCUCUGAUGAGCAGCGUCGGCAGUCUCCUGACCAACGCUGUCGCUCCCUACGUGUCGUUCUUCACCCUGUGCGAGGUCCUGAUGAUCUUCCCUGUCGUCUUCGUGGCCGCCUUCUGGUGGAUGCCCGAGAGUCCGUACUUCUUGUUAGCCAAAGGGCGCACUCAGGAGGCUGAGAGAGCGUUGAUGAGGCUGAGGGGCAAGGACUCGGAGAAGGACGUGAGCGGCGAGGUGGAGUCCAUCCAGAAGGUGAUCCAGGAGGAGUCGAAGGACCGCAGAAGCGCCGCCGACGGCCUGCGGGAACUCAGAAGAAGCGCUGUUGCUCGCAAAGCUUUUGCGGUGGUCGCCACGCUCACCACGCUGAACAUCUUCUGCGGCAGCCCCGCCAUUGGCGCGUACGCGACGCAGAUCUUCCUGUGGAGCGGCAGCUCGCUGGACUCCGACGUGUCGACCAUCGUGGUGAACUCGAUCCAGACGAUCUCUUCCCUAGGUUCGUCGCUGCUGGUGGACUGCACCGGUCGGCGACCGCUGCUGAUGUUGUCCUACACGGGCAGCUCGAUUUUUAUGAUUGCUGAGGGCAUCUACUUCUACCUCAAGGAGCAUGGCAGCGAUGAACUCGUGGAGAGCCUCUACUGGUUGCCUCUCACAGCUCUAAUUUCAUUCCACCUGCUGUUUAACAUCGGCGCCAACGCGCUAAUAUGGGUGGUGGCCAACGAGCUGGUGCCGGACGGGGUGCGCAGCCUGACCAUCUCGUUCAUCGCCGUGUGGAACGCGGUGCUCACCUCGGCGACCAUCAAGCUCUUCCAGGUGGUGAGCUCCGCGCUGGGCACCUACGUCUGCUUCUGGUUCUUCGCGGCGUGCGCCGCCACGGCGCUCCUCUUCACGGUCUUCUUCAUCCCGGAGACGAAGGGCCGAUCGCUGGAGGAUCUCAACACCGAGAUGAGGGCCCAGGCCGCUGCGGACCGUGCCAGACACGACGCCAAAGACAGAUCGUAGGAGAGCCGCGCGGCUUUCCCCCGGAAUCGCUGCACCAGCAACUGGAUGCGCCCAGUGAGCGUCAAGGGUUGCUGCAAUGAAAGAUGCCGCAGCUAUCGAAUAUAAUAAACAGUUUCCAUUCUUUGCUGAGAGUACUUUCUUUCGUGUUCUGCAUCAGAACCUCUGUGAACUUUCAAUCUGAUACUUCUGCUUUACGAUCGCUUCGCAGUAUUUGCUGCUCUUUAAAGUGCGAUUACACGUAGUGAACAAUGUAAUUGUACACCGCCUGUAGUCGAACAUGAACUGUGAUCUAGUGAACACUGUACUAGCAUCAUCUUAAUGCUAAUUAACGAUAGAAGAAUAAGGAAACAACUUAACCAUUACUGUAGAAGAACAAUGAGCUGAGCUGAAAGAGCGGA